CAGGCUGGGCAAAAGCAAGCUGCGCCUGGACCGCGUCGCAGAGCGUUCCGCCGUCCCGUCGGAGCCACCGAGGCUGUGCUGCCGGUCUGCCACCGCCAUGGAGGAGGCGAGAACCACCCUCCUCUGCCACCGCGGCCGGCGGCUCCUUUUUUGCUGGAUCCCCUUCCUCCUCCUGCUGCUGCUGCCCGUCCCGUCGGGAGGGACCACCAAGGUAUUUGGCGAGACGGAUCAGGUCCGCAUGACGUCGGAAGGCUCCGACUGCCGGUGCAAAUGCAUCCUGCGGCCCCUCAGCAAAGAUGCCUGCAGCCGCCUCAAGGAAGGCAGCGUGCGGGUGGAGGAUUUUUAUACCGUGGAGACGGUCAGCUCGGGCACCGACUGCCGCUGCUCCUGUACGGCCCCUCCUGCCUCCCUGAACCCCUGUGAAAAUGAAUGGAAGAUGGAGAAGCUGAAGAAACAGGCCCCGGAACUCCUCAAGCUCCAGUCCAUGGUUGACCUGCUGGAGGGAACCCUCUACAGCAUGGACAUGAUGAAGGUCCACUCGUAUAUCAACAAGGUGGUGGCACAGAUGAACACGCUGGAAGAGACCAUCAAGACCAAUCUAAGCCGGGAGAAUGACUUCAUGAAGGAGAGUGUCCUCCACCUGAGCCACCAGAUGAGGCGCUACGAGAACUAUUCCGACAUCAUGAUGGGGAUCAAGAAGGAGCUCUCCAGCCUGGGCUACCAGCUGCUGCAGAAGGAUGCGGCCGCCCCACCUGAACACAAGGCUCAGGACACAGCUGGGGGUAAAGGCAAGGAUGGGACCGGGAGGUAUUCUGGUGCUCGGAAGAGCCUGGGGGACAGAACCCCUCUGAGGGGUCCAAAAGAAAAGCACCCCAAAACGGAGAAGCCGCGGAAGGAGAGCGCGAAGGGGCGGGCGAACCCCGUCCAACCGACGUCCAAGCCCAGAUCCUCAGGGCACCAGCAAGCCGUGAUGCGUGGAAUCACGUACUAUAAAGCUGGGCAUCGGGAAGAAGCCGAGGAGCUGGCGAGCCACCGGGCAGAGGUGCCCAUAAAUGGAGGCACGAACACAGAGCCGCAUCAAGAUGGCAAAAGUCCGGCCUCUUACCCAGCCCGGGAGACCCUACCAAGAGACGGAGAACGUUCUGCUCCAGUUUCCAGUCCCCGCGGUACCACCGCCACCACCACCUCCACCACCACGCCAGCACCCAGCACCACUUUUUCUGCUAGGACCUCCAGUCGAGGUCUGCCCGGCACUGGUCAGCCCAUUGCCGGGCGUGGGGGCUCAACUGAAGGACCCUCCACUGCCAACCACGUUCAGGAGGCGGCGUGUGAAGGCACGCUGGAGGCCGUCGAACCCCCCGAGACCCAGCACAGCUACGGGCGCAACGAAGGGGCCUGGAUGAAAGACCCGGCCGCCAAGGACGACCGCAUUUACGUCACCAACUACUAUUACGGGAACAGCCUUGUGGAAUUCCGCAACCUGGAGAACUUCAAGCAAGGACGCUGGAGCAACCUGUACAAGCUCCCUUACAACUGGAUCGGGACCGGCCACGUGGUCUUCCAGGGCGCCUUCUACUACAACCGGGCCUUCACCAAGAACAUCAUCAAGUAUGACCUGCGCCAGCGUUUCGUGGCUGCCUGGUCCCUCCUGCAUGACGUGGUGUACGAGGACACCACGCCAUGGAAAUGGCGGGGCCACUCCAACAUCGACUUUGCCGUGGACGAGAGCGGACUGUGGGUGAUCUAUCCCGCCACGGACUACGACUACGGCCAGCAGGAAGUCAUUGUGGUGAGCAAGCUCGACCCAGGUGACCUCUCAGUGCGCCGGGAGACCACCUGGAAGACAGGCCUCAAGCGCAACUCCUACGGCAACUGUUUCAUCAUCUGUGGGAUCUUAUACGCCGUGGAUGAGUCUAACACAAAGGAAGGGCAGGUGGCUUACGCGUACGACACCCACACGGCCACCGAGGCCAACCCCAAGCUGCCGUUCCUCAGCGAGUUUGCCUUGACCACCCAGAUUGACUACAACCCGAAGGAGAAGAUCCUCUACUCUUGGGACAACGGCCAUCAGGUCACCUACAGACUCCGCUUCGUCGCUUGAGGUCCGGCCCUCCAAAGCGGUUCAACGUACUGGGCUAAAGUUUUCUCCCCAUAGCAGCGGGACAGCCACCCCAGCUCAGAAAUGGGCCCUGGACCCACGGAGGAGCAAAACCAUUCAUUCCAUGGGGCAGAGCUGUAGAAAGCUUGCCUUUAUCCAGUGCCUUCUCAGCCAUCCUUCACAAAUGUAUUGAAGUCGUUUUCU